UUUUCGGUUGCAAGCACCAUUCACACAGUGUGCUGCAUAUCCCUUGGUUGUCCGCCGUGGCCAAAUCAGGGACGGAGGCCACGUACUUUAACGCGUGCCACUCCUGCCGAGAGAGUGGGCGCGUCUCGUAUUGCUGCUGUUGGACUCCAUUUAGAAAAACACGAAGGCCCCGUUGCAUCAUGGAGCCCGCGUCCGGCAGUUGGUCGCGCGACGAGCACGAGCGCUUCCUCGUGGCCAUACAAAAGUACCCUCGUGGGCCGUGGAAGAAGGUGGCCGACCUCGUCGGCACGCGAACCGUGCGCCAGACGCAAACACACGCACAAAAGUUCCGUGAGAAGCUCAUGCGCCACGAGCGUGCCGCCCUUGCAACCGCGGCAACACCCGCCCUCGACGAAGCGGCACUCGCGCCACUGCCGUACGACGCAAGCAGCACCGGCCUCGUACGAGUACUCGGGACCAGCCCGCGAGACGACUUGAUGCCGCCCACGACGAUAAUGGACGUUGCGUCGCUGCCGUCACUGGCCGAGUCGAUUGAUUUCUUGAUGAGCGUCAUUGCUAAGGUUGACAACGCGCCGUCACCAGCCGCGUAAUUUAGAUGUGUUAAAUCUUUUACGAGUUGGGUUGAUGACACAUUGGA